CAUUUCGGAAAAUCAAUGGAUUCGUCGUCUUUCAAUCACUCGCUGUCAUCCAACCGAACUUUCAAGAAAAUUGACAACCAUUGUCCACUCUUUUUCGUUCCAUCAAAAAAUUCCCCGUGCACGUCAACAAGCCUUCAAAUUCUUUACGCUUUCCCAAAUCUUCACACAUUUCCCUUUUUCUCCUCACAUAAAGCAGAUACGUAUCCGCUUGUCAAGUUUGAGAGAGAGAGAGAGAGAGAUGGAGAGGAGAGAUGCGAAUGAUCUGGAGAGCGAGGUGGGAUUGGGGUGCGACGACGAGAAGGUGGAGAAGAUGGAGAGGAACGGGUCGUCGUCGUUUUCGGAGAGGAGCGUAGGAGGGUUGAGGGAGCCUCUGCUUCUGAGCAGGAGUCGGAUGAACAAUACGUCUCAGAUUGCUAUGGUCGGGGCUAAUGUCUGCCCCAUUGAAAGCCUCGAUUACGAGAUUAUUGAAAAUGAUCUUUUCAAGCAGGACUGGAGAUCUAGGAACAAGGUUCAGAUAUUUCAGUAUGUUGUUCUAAAGUGGACACUUGCACUUCUUAUAGGAUUGAGUACAGGAGUUGUGGGAUUCUUUAAUAACCUUGCUGUUGAGAACAUUGCCGGUUUUAAGCUUCUGCUUACUAACAAUCUCAUGCUCAAGGAAAAGUAUUAUGGGGCAUUCGCAGCAUAUGCUGGUAGUAACAUGGUUUUGGCAAUUGCCGCUGCAGCCCUCUGUGCUUACAUUGCUCCUGCAGCAGCCGGAUCUGGCAUACCAGAGGUCAAAGCCUAUCUUAACGGUGUUGAUGCUUAUUCUAUGUUGGCUCCACGUACCCUAUUUGUAAAGAUUUUUGGUUCCAUAUUUGGAGUUGCUGCUGGGUUUGUUGUGGGCAAGGAAGGACCCAUGGUACACACUGGCUCUUGUAUCGCCAACUUACUUGGACAAGGAGGUUCACGCAAGUACCAUUUGACUUGGAAAUGGCUCAGAUACUUCAAAAACGAUAGGGAUCGACGGGAUUUGAUCACCUGUGGCGCUGCUGCUGGUGUAGCUGCUGCCUUCCGUGCCCCAGUUGGCGGAGUUUUAUUCGCUCUUGAAGAAGCAGCUUCAUGGUGGCGGAGUGCUCUUCUUUGGAGGACUUUUUUCACAACAGCUGUAGUCGCUGUGGUGUUGAGAUCUCUAAUAGAAGUUUGUCGAAGUGGAAAAUGUGGACUGUUUGGGCAAGGAGGUCUGAUUAUGUUUGAUGUCAAUUCAGCAGUGCCUAAAUAUAGCACCCCAGAUCUAUUGGCCAUUAUGUUACUUGGAAUUAUCGGAGGCAUUUUCGGAAGCCUUUACAAUUAUCUUGUUGACAAGGUUCUUCGUACUUAUAGCAUCAUCAAUGAGAGAGGUCCGGGAUUCAAAAUCCUACUUGUCAUGACCAUCUCCUUUCUGACCUCUUGUUGCUCUUACGGCCUCCCAUGGCUUGCAAGAUGCACCCCAUGUCCUACUGGGCUGGAAGAAGAAUGCCCAACCAUAGGUCGCUCCGGAAACUACAAGAACUUCCAAUGUCCUCCAGGCCAGUACAAUGACCUUGCCUCCCUCCUCCUCAAUACCAAUGAUGAUGUCAUCCGUAACUUAUUUAGCUCCGGCAAUGAAGAGGAAGUUCACCUCUCUACACUCUUUAUUUUCUUUGUUGCCAUAUACUGCCUGGGCAUUAUCACGUAUGGCAUAGCCAUUCCAUCCGGGCUCUUCAUCCCUGUCAUACUUGCCGGAGCCUCCUAUGGGCGCCUCAUUGGGACCCUCAUAGUCUCCAUCUCUGAUCUCGAUGUUGGGCUCUUCGCGCUUCUUGGGGCCGCUUCUUUUCUUGGUGGGACCAUGAGAAUGACCGUUUCGCUCUGUGUCAUACUUCUUGAACUCACAAAUGACCUAUUAAUGCUCCCUCUGGUGAUGCUAGUUCUCCUUAUUUCAAAAACAGUGGCUGAUUGUUUCAACAAUGGCGUUUACGACCAAAUAGUGAAAAUGAAGGGACUCCCGUACUUGGAAGCCCAUGCUGAACCAUACAUGAGGCACUUGGUCGCUAGGGAUGUUGUUUCCGGUCCCUUGAUUUCAUUUUCUGGUGUCGAGAAAGUUGGCACUAUACUACACACGCUGAAGAUAACAAAUCAUAACGGAUUCCCUGUGAUUGAUGAACCGCCUUUCUCAGAUGCGCCGGAGUUGUGUGGGCUCGUUUUGAGGUCCCACUUGCUUGUUUUGCUUAAAAGGAAGAAAUUUACCAAGAAGAGGGUGUUGAGUGGAUCAGAGAUUUUGAGCAAGUUUCACGCGUCCGACUUUGCAAAGCCGGGGUCAGGGAAAGGUCUCAAGCUUGAGGAUUUGGAUGUCAAGGAGGAGGAGUGGGAGUUGUACGUUGAUCUCCAUCCAAUUACUAAUACCUCCCCCUAUACGGUAGUGGAGACAAUGUCUCUAGCCAAAGCUGCAGUCCUGUUCCGGGAGCUUGGUCUCAGGCACAUGUGUGUUGUGCCAAAAACCCCUGCUAGACCUCCAAUAGUAGGAAUCUUGACAAGGCAUGACUUCAUGCCGGAGCACAUUUUGGGACUUUACCCGCAUAUGAACCCUCACAAAUAACUUGAUCCAGCGAAGUAAGCAUCGAUAGUCAUAUUUUUAUUUUUUAAUCCACAGUCAUUCUCCAUUCUUUGUAAAUUAAAUGUUGUAGUAUAAUGUAUUCUUAUUUUAUCGUUGUUAUCACCAAAUGUAUUGUUCU